UUCGCGAGUACAUCAUGGAAAUGUCUCAUCUUUCUUCAAAACUUAAGGCACUAAAGCUCAACCUAUCUGAUGAUUUGCUCGUGCAUUUAGUUCUCAUCUCUCUUCCUGCACAAUUUAACCAAUUUAAGGUCAGUUAUAACUGCCAGAAGGAGAAAUGGACUCUCAAUGAGCUCAUUUCAUUUUGUGUGCAAGAGGAAGAGAGAUUGAAGCAAGAAAGGACUGAAAGUGCUCAUCUGGCAAGCACCUCCAAGCAUACGGGCAAAAGAAAGCAUAAGGGAAAGGAAGUUGCUAUUCCUCAGGGUCCGGAACCAAAGAAACAGAAAGUGCAGGAUGGUUGUUUCUUUUGUGGCAAGCCCGGACACAGAAAGAAGGAUUGUGCCAAAUACGUCGCCUGGCGUGUAAAGAAAGGGUUGCCUGAACUACCGAAAGCCAACUGAUGCUGAAAGAUACAUCUUUGUGGGUGAUGGCAAGUCAAUAGAAGUGCAGGCAAUAGCGCACUUUAGAUUAUUACUGAAAACCGGUUAUUAUUUAGAUUUAUUAGACACUUUUGUUGUACCGUCCUUUAGACGGAAUUUAAUUUCUGUUUCUGUAUUGGACAAAUUGGGAUAUUAUUGUUCUUUUGGAAAUAUGAAGUUUAGUAUGUCUAUUAA